CAUAUCCGUAUUUUCUAUUAACUCCGUUGAUCAGGAGGAUGGUGAUACCAACUCUUACUUAGAUUACUUUGUUUCCCUGUUAAUCACUCACAUCCACUCAGCUCGGACGUAAGGGUCGGGGUUGGCGUCGCCCGUGUGUUACUGUGGUAACGCUCCCCUUCCCCCCCCCCCCCCCGAGAGGAGCUUGUGGCUCGCGCGCACGAGCUCCAUCGCCGUGGUGACACCGGCCAGCGUUCUGUUGCCGUGGUGGCCGGUCGGGCCGGUGUACCCGCUGGCGGUAGCGGCAGGGGUUGCCGGUUGUUGCGUGGCCUCCGCCUCCCCACGGCCUCCGCCAUGGGCCACGGACUGAAGUGCGGGGUGGCCAUCUCCUUCUGCGCCGUCUUCAUGGCUUAUUGGUACCGGCAGCAGGUCGACCACGAGCUGGACUCGCGGCUGGAGAUGGUGCUGUCGUCGCUGCUGAAAGCCGAAAGGAAAGUGGACCUGCACCAGCGGCCUCGAGUGGCAGUAGGGUUCGGAGGUUGUCUUGACAUUGUUGCAGAUGGAAUCGCUCUCUUAAAAAAAGCUGGCAUCAAACCAAGCAAGAAUCCAGUGCACCAUAAUUACAUCACAUCAGAAGAACAAUUGGCAGAAAGCUUUGCAUACUUUUUUCCUCCUGGAGCUGCAUCAGAGCGCUUUAUUUCCAAUGAUACACUGUUUCGUAAACUAGUAAAAGCCACCCAAGGUCUCCCCCGAGUACGAUGGUCGUUAGGUGGAAAUGCACCAGUCAUGGCAAAUCGUCUCGCAAAGGAAGGCUGUGAAGUGCUUAUGGGGAGUCGUCUGACGUCUGACCUUAUUGCGGUCCUUCAAGAGCACAUAACUGUUACAAGCAAGCCAGUAGAUGAAACUGACAUUCAUCUCAUCCUGGAAUAUUCAGCUGGUUCCAAAUGGGGACAAUUGGUGUCAAGAAGAGCAAACAGGUUCAUAGUCCAUAGCGACACAUCCAAUCCCAUUUUGGAGUCACUGGAGGACUUUCAGACUCAGCUUAAACAGUUCAAUCCAUCUCUUCUGAUAGUUAGUGGACUUCAAAUGAUGGACAAUUUUCCAUUUAGACCAGGUCAACUUGAAGACCGGCUAAAAUUGCUCCAGGAUCUCAUGUUAUCUGUUGACAGCACCACUAGAAUCCAUUUUGAAAUGGCUUCCUUUGUGGAUGACACUCUUCUCAACAAUCUUUUUGCGAACAUCAUCUCUCAUGUCGACUCUCUAGGAAUGAAUGAACAGGAGUUACCCAACCUGUUUAGUAUGUUAAAGGGGGCCAACAUCACGGUCCUGUCUGAUCCGUAUCCAAGAGUGGCAAGUAUACUCGACCAAAUGCGUGAAGUUUAUCGCAUCUUAAAUUCUCAGGAGAUAACGAGCACACAACGCAAGCUCACACGGCUGCAUGUUCAUACUCUUGCUUUCCAAGCAAUCAUUAUUGCCAAAGGGUCCUUUUGGAGGAACACCAUGUCAGCGACUGCCAAAGCUUCAUUAACUGCAAAUCGACAUGUUUGUGGCUCACCAAAUAUUGAUACCAGCAAAGCCAAGUUGAUCAUGGAUGAUUCUUUUUCUGUGAGUCGUGUGCAAGGGAGUAAGAAAAUUCCACUCAAAGAAAAUCGACCUGUUUCUUGCUGGGAAGAAUAUGAUUAUGAGAUAUGUGUUGCUCCAGUGCUGGUAUGUACUGAGGUGUAUCAGACUGUAGGCGGUGGUGACAAUAUUUCUGCAGCCAGCUUAGUUCUUCAGAUCUAGUAAUCUCUCUGGAUCUGAAGGGAACUCGCUGUUUAACCCUUGCAGUCUUCCACGAUAAAACAUGGUUCAAGAAGAUGUAACCUGCUUGUUUCUUUCAACCAACCACCUUCCCUCACCAUCUUCAAAAAAGAACUCAGUAGAUGAUCUGCCUGUCGUUUACAUUAUCCUCAUGUAAUCUACAAUCAGGGUUUUGAGAGUUGUUUAAGAAUACUCAAAUAAUUAAAUACUAAUUUUAGAUGAUUUUUGUAAAAAAAAAUCAUUCACUCUGGUCCUGAAUGGUUUGGAGCAAAAUCUUGAACAAUAUUUUCUCUCCCAGUUUUUUUUCUUACCUUCUUGAAUAGUCAUAGCUAAGUAAUAAGACAUUCUUUGUGGAUCUCAGCCAUUUUAUUUUUUGGUGAGUGAGAGAAGAAAUAUGAUCUUCAACCAGCACUGCACAAUAUUAUGGUGAUUGGUGCAAUGCAACAAAUCCAUCUCCAAUUAAUAUUUCAAUAUUCCAUUGCGGUCAAAACUCAUCUGAAAAGUCUGUGAAUUUUCUUGGUGCAAAAUGGUUCUGUGCUGCUUUGCCUUUUAAACAGUCUGUCAGGAUAUUUACACAUUCUGUAUAUAUCUUGCACUUUUUGUCAGAUUCCCCAGUGAUGCAUCUGUCAAAUGCCCCUGCUGUAGUUUACAAUGUCUGAAGAGUAGGCAAGUUCCUUCCAGACCUCUGGUAUUUUGGCCCAGAUCAUCUAAAUGGCCCAUUCAUUUUAAUUUCUGUGGAGAUUCAUGCUUGAUGCAGUUUUUAUGGAGAAUAGCACCUGUUUGCAAUCUCACUAGAAUGGUGUCAUUGGUCUGCCUUACUGCAUGCUGCCAAGUUGUGCCUGAUGCUGCUGUAACUGAAGCAUCAACUCUACACUGCCCAUUCCUAAUAAAUAACCAAAUUCCUACUGGGGAUCAAUUAACUCUCACCACAACAGAUUACGGGUUGCUUUUUUUGUUUGUUAAUAGUUAAGUAUCUUCCCUUGUGUUCAUUUUGGCCACUCAUCUGAGCCAUACAGAUUCCCAUUUUAAAGGCUUAAGUUAAAAUGAGAAAGUGUAUUGGAUCUAAACUGAAAGCCUUCUAAUAGGGAGCCUACCAUUCAACUCCUGUGCUGUAGUUCUGUGAAUUUCCUAUAACUUCUGGGAGAUGGGGAACCAUUUUGCUGACUAUAUUUUUAAUAACCAAAGGAUAUCUUGUUUCCUAAUUACAGGGAAAAAUAAUUGAGUAUAAAGUUUUAUUCCUUGUAUCUCACAUCUUCAAAAUUAACAAAGGAAAAUGUACUAAAUUAACUUAGUUAUGUGAAUUCACCCACAUGUCCAAAAAUCAAAGUGUGUUUUAAAUAUUAAGAUCAUAAAUUAGGAGCAAAAGAAAACUGAAUUACACAGAAAACCUCUUGUAAUAUUUGUAUAGGAAAGGAUCAAUAACAUACACACAAGGAAUCAUUUUUGUAUAUAUAAAAAAAUCUUGUGACUGAGGGACAUUAUUGGGUUAAGCAGUGAUAGAAGAGAACUUGUGAUCAUUGAUUAAUGAAUCUAAUUAAAAUGAAGAAAAUAGGCAAACUUAUUUGGCUAUUCCAUCAUAUGAAGCAACAUGGAACCUGUACAUACAUUAAAAAAAAUAUUUAGGCCUAUAAUGACUUAAAUAUUCAGUCCUACAAGGAAAUGAGGGGCUUGGGUGGAAAAUUAGGAAGCCAAAGCUUUCUUUAAAAUUACUGUGGUGCAGUGCUUUGGAAGAACUCUGCAGAAACAUCCCAAUUAGGAAUGAAAUAAUAGGCUACAUUGUUCUUUUGUACCCUUAUUAUCACUGAAUAUUUUACUUUUUAAAUAAAAGCACUUACUCUCACUGGUAAGUUAUUAAAAUGAGCAUUAAAUAUUAUAAGAAACCUUUUUUAAAAACAAGUGAAUAUGAUUAUGAUCCUUUUCCACGAAUAGCUAUUAAAGCCCUCAUUGUCUGACAUUGGCUCGGAUUUUGUUUGCUGAUAUCACAUGGUGAGAGUGAUGGCCACUUUGAUUUCCAUACGUGCAAGCAAAGCACAAACCAGAGUUACUGUUGAUUUACCUUUCCUCCCUAAGGCUGUGCUGUUUUGCAUUGGAAUUGAGAGAAAUCAGUUGAAUUCAUGAAGACUUGUAGUAUGUUACAAAUCCACAGCGUCAAAUGCCCUGAAGAUUCAGCAGGAGGUUAAGUGAGUUUAAAAUAAGCCAUAAUUUUGUGUAAUUAUGUUCUUUGGUUGUUAAAAAUCCCAAGUUGUAUUUAUAUGAAUUGUUAUUCUAUCACACAAAUAUUUCACAAUAUAAUGGACUUCUAAAUUUUUUGCAAUUUCAGUUUCGACCUUAAGUGUAUUUUCUAGUCUUUAUUUUGCCCUCUGAAUAUUGUGCUCUCUCUUGGUUUAUGGUCUGAGAAUAUAUUAAUGCAAU